AUGGCCGCGCGCGCGUUCACGGCGACACUCGGCCGCGCGUCCCUCGCGAGAUCCGCGCCUCGCGUGCACUCCGCGUUCAAAUCUCCCUCGCGCUCGAAACGCGCGUCUACUAGAGUCAGCAUGAGCACCACCCACGCGGCGCUUCGUAAGGUACCGAUGGGCAACGCGGACGUCCUCGUGACGGAGGUGUGCCUCGGAACUAUGACGUGGGGCGUCCAGAACACCGAGGCGGAGGCGCAUGAGCAGCUUGACUACGCGAUCAAAACGCGCGGGGUGAACUUCAUCGACACCGCGGAGAUGUAUCCCGUGCCGUCGUCCGCGCCGGGGUGGAAGCCGGGGGUCACGGAGGAGUACAUCGGGACGUGGCUCGCGAAGAAUCCGACGCUUCGAAAGGACGUGAUCCUCGCGACGAAAGUCAGCGGGUUCAACCCGCAGAGCGAGACCGGAGGGAACCGAUACGUCCCGCCGAAGCCGAAAGCGGACUGCCGCAUCGACCGGGAGUCGAUCCAUCUCGCGUGCGACGCGUCGCUGCGGCGGCUGCAGACGGACUACGUCGACCUGUACCAACUCCACUGGCCGGACCGGUACUGCCCAGCUUUCGGAAACAACGUGUACGACGCGUCGAAAGAACGCCCGGACAGCGUUCCGAUCGAGGAGACCGUCGCCGCGCUCGGGGAGCUCAUCGCCGCGGGGAAGAUCAAGCACUACGGAUUAUCCAACGAGACCACGUUCGGGGUGUGCGAGUUCGUGCGCGUCGCGGACAAGCUCGGCGUGCAGCGUCCGGCGACGAUUCAGAACUCGUUCUGUCUCCUCCACCGCUCGUUCGAGACGGAGCUCGCGGAGGCGUGCGCGCCCUCGAACUUCAACGUCGGUCUUCUCCCGUGGACGCCUCUCGCGGGCGGGGCGCUCUCCGGGAAGUACCUCAAGGGCGCGAGGCCCGCGGACGCGCGGCUGACGAAAUACUCGAAAUUCAUGCAGAGGUACUUGAACGCGCCGAGCGUCGAGGCGACGGAAAAAUACGCCGCCAUCGCCGAAAAGGCUGGGGUGUCCCUCGCGACGCUCGCGCUCGCGUGGUGCAAGACGCGGUUCUACGUCACGUCCACGAUCAUCGGCGCGACGAACAUGAAGCAGCUCGAGGAGGACAUCGACGCGUUCGACGAGACGAAGGUGAAGCUGAGCGAGGAGACGCUCGAGGCGAUCGACGCGGUGCACUUCGCGCGACGCGACCCGUGCAUGAUUCCGUGAGGUAAUAUCGUCGACAGACGCGUGGAAUCAUAUCAUACGUAGACUAAGAUGCAAGAAUUUUAGCAAGCAAGAUACAUAGUCUAUCAAUACU